CGUUUCGUGGUACACUUGCAUACAUAUUUUUUGCUUCCCUUCUUCACUUUCUACGUCUUGGAAACGUCGGAAAUUCGUACGAAACGUGAUAGCAUACAGCGCGCGUUGGCUCGCCCGCUCGCUCGUCACGCGCGCUGGACAUGUGACCCGUUUAAAGUUUCACCGUGCGUCCGUUCGUUCGUCCGACUAGCCAACCAACUACCCGAGCUGUGCAGUUGGAGCCUCCCACUACGAGGCUGCGACAGUUCUCUCUAGGUUAUGUUGUUGUGUUUACAUCGUCGUCCGUGGGUCUCUGAUUGAUCCACGUUUGUUUCGCCGCACACAUUCACGCGCAGUCUGUCGUGUCGUCGACGGGCUCAAACGGGUUGGCUGAGCGAAAUAUGAGAAGGAUAUACCGAAGACGUGCGAUCGAAACGACGACGACGACUAGAACGGAUCUGCAGCCAGAUUACUACGUCGUGUCUGCGAGCUAAUUCGAUAACGGUCCAAGGAUACAGCUGUGUUAUGAGUGUUGGCUUAUCCAUGUACGAUGGUCUGGAGAAUGACAGUGCUCCUGGCAAUGGGCUGGAAACCAAUGGGAGUACUACGAAGAAGUUGGCCAGGGGUAUCUCCCGUGCUACAGAGAAUGCAGCGAUCAUCUCCUAUGCUCGCUCACAACUCACAUCCUUAGGAGUUCUGGAUACACCUGAAUAUACAUUUUCGUUGCCAGAUUUGUCUGUGUAUCCAGAUUCAUUCAGGAAAUUCUUGGAGAAGGAUCUAAUAGAGAAUGGAUGUUUGAGUUCCCUGGAGGCUGCGGGUCGUCUGAACUGGUGGUACAAGAAUGGAAGCAACAGAAUCCUCUGGCCACUGGCAACGACCGGGGACGGUAAUUGCUUGCUUCACGCUGCAUCGUUGGGCAUGUGGGGCUUUCACGAUAGAUUACUCACGUUAAGGGAGGCACUGCAUAAUACUUUAACGAAAGGAGAAUAUAGGCAUGCUCUCUUCAGGCGAUGGAAAUGGAGACAAACGGGCUUGAACGCGGUGGCAGGAUUAUCGUACACUGAGUCAGAGUGGUUGUCAGAGUGGCAAAGUAUAGUAGACAUGGCCUCACCGACAGUUAGAAACCAAACUGUUACCUCUUAUCAGAGCCUUGAAGAGAUACACGUCUUAACCUUGGCUCACGCCUUAAGGAGGCCUAUAAUAGUUAUAGCAGAAACUAUGCUGAAGGAUGCCGAGGGAAUAGCCCUGGCGCCGAUUCCGUUCGGUGGAGUGUAUUUGCCAUUGGAAGUGUCGCCCUCGCGUUGUCAUCGAACACCUCUGCUCCUGGCGUAUCAUUCUGCUCACUUUUCACCACUUGUGACAGUAGAUGGCUGCAACGAUUACGGCAGCGCCUGCGGCGAAGGAGUUAGUAUACCUUUAGUGGACCCAGACACAGGCAAGCUAUUGCCGGUUUUGUUCGCCGUGGAUCCUGGUCCUGAUUGGGAUUGGGUAGACGGUUUACGAGAGUUGUUGUCUUGUCAACAAGAUACUAUGGAAAUUUUGUUACGAGAGUAUUUGGAUUGCGAAUAUCAAAGCUUCAUAACUGAAGAUAUAGAUCGAUUUGGCGAUACGAAUGGUUUCCUGUCAAAAACGGCGAAACAACUGUUGCAACAAGUCGGGUCAAUUGGCAGAUCCGUCAGCAAGAAACUGUGGCCUAACAUGACAAAGAGACCAAAAAGUCCGCCCGUUGCGGGUGGCGGUGUUUCUACGGAGGGUCUGUUGUGUGUGAGAAUAAAGAGCAGACGUCAUCAGUAUGUAGACCAGAUGCUUCAGAAUUAUCUUCAGUACGCUCAUUCAAAGUAUCUGCAGGAUCACCAGGUGGACGAUACAGGCAGCGAACUGAACUACGGCGCUGGGAAGUCCAAGUUUUACGCUGCCAGUGAUCACGGUAGUCACGCGAACGUCAGCAAAUUAUUGCCUACAAAUCCAAACAAAGACCAAACGCUUUAUCUUGCAAAAUCUACAUUUUAUAAGGAUCAAGCGACAACCGAUACGGGGCCAGAAAUUCAGAAUAAUAGUGACAAUUCGAAGAUGGGCGACGUUUACAGGACACCGUGAAGUUGUGUCGCAGUGAACACUGCUCAUAUUUUGGAUCGUCGGAAAAUCAAUAUUACUGCUCCCAAUGCUGGACUAAGCAACGUAAUCAGUAAACAGCCGUCCUUAAUCACACAUGACAAUAAUCUCCGUUUAAUACUGCUCGAACUAAACUACUAAAUAAUUAGUAGAUGUUACGCGUUAGCCGUAAGGUAAAGCUGAUAAGAUAUAUGUCAUCAACAUAUCAUGCUUUUUCCUAAUUCGUUUCUUUUUCCUUUUUUGUUUUCGUUAUUACCGCAAAGUAUUUAUUAUUUUAUUAUUCGUUACCUAUUUAUUAACAUUUGUCAUCUAAAAACAACAUAUCAGAUACACAGGGUUCGACUAAACGACAUACGUGUUUACUGAUGUAGUGCGCGCCUUAUUGUUUCCAUGUUUCAAAUCUAGAGAAACAAAUUUUUGUUUGUUUUAGCAUACUUAAGGAACUAGUAAUUUAUAUUUUAUUUCAAAACAGUUGAAUUUUGCGCAAUUUCUCGAUGUAUAUACGUGCCUUCUGUCAUGUAUGUGCGGAACAAAAAAAAACACAAAUACUCCCUUAAUACCACCGUGAUAAGGACCUUUACUACCUCCAGUUUUCAAUUGUAAUACUCGAUAUGUAAUUAUUAGUGGUUUACAAUUCGUUGUGGAAUCCUGCAAGAUGAUAUGGAAACAUUGCGUUUAUAAUCUCAUUAUCUCGUGCAAUUGAUGUGUAUGUCAAAGUUGUGUGAAGAAUAAACCAUAUUUUUCUA